AUGUUGCUUGGUAAAGGUACCCACCAGAGGACGCAGCUCGCCAAAACUUUUCACCCUACGCUUGGUUGGAAGCUCAUUCUAGCCUCCCUGCUAGUUCAGCUGCAGCGGCGGGGUAGGCGGCAGCGGGGCUCAGGAGGGGCGCUGCGCUGGGGGCCGAAGUAUAGCCGGGACCAUGGAAGGGCAGAGCGGCCGCUGCUGCAGGUGUUCGCCAAGGACGCCUACCCCGGGAGUUAUGUCCCCACCGUGUUUGAGAACUACACCGCGAGCUUUGAGAUAGACAAGCGCCGCAUUGAGCUCAACGUGUGGGACACUUCAGGUUCCUCUUACUAUGAUAAUGUCCGGCCCCUGGCCUAUCCUGAUUCAGACGCUGUGCUCAUCUGCUUCGACAUUAGCCGACCAGAAACACUGGACAGUGUUCUCAAGAAGUGGCAAGGAGAGACUCAGGAGUUUUGCCCCAAUGCCAAGGUUGUGCUGGUUGGCUGUAAACUGGACAUGCGGACCAACCUGGCCACACUGAGGGAGCUGUCCAAGCAGAGGCUUAUCCCUGUUACACAUGAGCAGGGCACUGUGCUGGCCAAGCAGGUGGGGGCUGUGUCCUACGUAGAGUGCUCCUCCCGGUCCUCUGAGCGCAGCGUCAGGGAUGUCUUCCACGUGGCCACCAUGGCCUCCCUUGGCCGUGGCCAUAGGCAGCUGCGCCGUACUGAUUCUCGCCGGGGACUGCAGCGAUCCACUCAGCUGGCAGGAAGGCCAGACCGGGGGAGUGGGAACGAAGGCGAGAUACACAAGGAUCGAGCCAAGAGUUGCAGCCUAAUGUGAGGAGUCGACAAGGGUCAGAGUGUCAGGAGUUGUGGUGAAGGGCACAAUUAUCCCCCUGCCUACACCCUGGCUUCCUGAUCUCCUGACUCUGGCUAGAACUUCAGGGCAAGCUGAGUGAGCAAUUCUCCUGGGCAAGGGACCCAGAGGCGGAGGGGUGUGCACCAUUCCCCACAUCCUCAUCCCUCUCCUCUCCACAGGAAGUUGAGGGAGCUAGCAGGACAGGCAAAUGGGCCAAGAGCUGGGAUGGGGCAGAGGGGUUAGGGAAACUGGCAUCAAGCAGUGACCUUGGUCGAGUCUCAGUAGGCUGCCUUCCCUCCCUGCCCUCAGUCCCCAUAUCCUGGUCCUGGCUUCCUUCCCUAAGGAAAGUGUCCAUUCCAUGACCUUCCCUUCUCCUUUCCUCUCACUUCUACAGCUGUUCUCCCUCAUCCUAACCUCCAGGCAACAUGCACUAAAUUAAAAAGCAAGUUGAGAAGCCCCUUCCCCCAACCCUAGUUCCUCCCUCUCUUCCCCCAACAGUCCCCAAAUAAAGCCCAA